AUGAAAACUGGAACAGCGGCUGAUAGCAAAAGAACCGACCGUCCUUCAACAUCAAGAUCAGAAGAAAAUGUCAAAAUUGUUCCAGAGAUGUUCAGAAGAAGCCCCUACAAAUCAACACGUCAAGCAGCUUGUGAGAGCGGACUUACACGGCACACUGUAAUGACAGCCCUUAAGUCUCCCGGCUUUCGUGCUUGGAAGCCACAUUACUGCAAUGAAAUAACUCCAGAGGACUGA